UGGAGCCUCGUCUAUCCUGCUUGUGACAGUUACGGCUCAGCCUCGAGACACGUGUGGUCCAGUCCGGUGUGCGCAUUCCCAAAUUCUGUGCAUCCGUCGCUGGUUCUCACAACCCAACGUCCAAGCACUCGCUGAGCUUCUCUGCAGCCUGGACCGCCUGUCUUACGUAAGGGCCUUCCGGUCAUCUGGCUAGGCCCAACCCAGGCCCAGGGGACUCGAGCUUGACGCCAACUGAGAGCUCCAACCCAACUACACUGACCCUGACAAGGCCAGUAUUUGUGCGAAAAAUCAGACCAGAACCGAUCAAGGUAUUCGCUUGAUUGGCAAUCGAUAAUGACAGCAAAGCGUGUUGUCAGAGACUAAUCUUCUGGGGAAAUCAUUCCCUUUCUGCGAGGGGCUCUAAGAUGCCAUUGCACUUUUGGUAUUCAAGUACUAAGCCCGGGGAAGAACAUGUCUAGGGCUGUCAACAGGUCAGUCGCUGAAGCUGUAAGCGAAAGCGAUCCAACAGCAGCUUACGAGGCAAUCUCCAAGGCCUUGACCGAAUAUGGGAGUCAACACGGCGAACUAUUGGAAGUCGAGAUCCUGGGAAAGAGCCAUCCGCUCGAACCAGGGACAUUUGUCCUGCAGGAUGGCAAUGCUAUAGCCGUUUCCAAGUACGGACUCGUCCAAUCUUUUUUUGUGGCAAGAAAGGUCCUUCAACGCCAUGUCAGCGCCGAAAGCACCCUGUCGGCGGACGAGCUCCUCGCCGUCACGAGUGUUGUGCUUCUGAUGGAUCCCGAGCACCUGACGGCCGCGAACUCACGCAAGAAGCUCGCAGUCUCGGCGAGGGCCGCCUCUGAAGAAGAAAUGCUGCAGGCCAUGGAGAGAGACAGGUUCUUCAUCGACAGUCUCCUUACCAGCCGCCUUCACAGACACACCAAAUCUCCGACUCUGUGGAGCCAUCGCCGCUGGCUCGUGGAGACGGCAGCGCGGCAUGGCGUCCAGCACAAUGUUGCUGAAAGUCUGGAGAAGGUGGUCAUGGUGGCAGGCCAGAGACAUCCCAGGAAUUACUAUGCGUGGUGCCAUGCCCGCUGGCUCACCAACAAUGUGCCCAAGGGUGAGAAUGGCCAAGAAGGACCCGUCCUUGCGAAGCUGUUGGAACCAACAAAACGUUGGUGCUUCCAAAACCAUACCGACAUAUCCGGCUGGUCGUACCUGUACUUCCUGCUCACGAAGCUCGACGGCGCCGCGGCCUCGGCGGUCUUUGAGGAGACCGCCAAGCUCGCAGUCUCGUUCCGGUGGACCAAUGAGUCGACUUGGGUCUUUCUGAGGACGCUGGCAGCGUCAGAUACCACGGGGGAGAAAGAGGCCGUACUGUUCCAGGAAACCAGGGCGGCUUUGCUGAGCAAGACUGGUGACCGUGAAGAGACAUCACGUGCUCUCGUGAUGGCCCAGACCUGGUUUGAGGCGAACCAACACCGGGUUUAAUACGACUCUGGCGCCCAGCUUUACGGUGACGCUCUCAUGUGCCACCGUAUUACAAAAUGAUGAGACAUUUCGGUUGCGAACAGUCAAAUAUCACAACACAGAGGACAAGGGAGCAGGAGGUCCAGAUGCGGCUGAGUUUACCCCUGAAUAUAGCAAGACGCACUUUGUUCUGGUUCCCGCGCGGCCAGAAUUGAGAGCUCGUUGGUUCAUGGGCUCACAUCUCGGUUGGUUGCUAGGGUAGAUGGGGUGUGAUGUGCUCAUCUCGUGUAACAGUGGCAAUGCAUGGGCCUGGUUAGUAGGUAGGUAGGCUUGUCUCUCAUCGAGUCCCAAGGGCAUGGCAAUCAAGUGCGGUUAUAAUAUGCCUGGAGGAAGGCAAAAACGUGCGAGUCUGACGACCAUGUGGUGUUUGCAAGGAAGGUCAGUCAGCUUACAACAUUGGAUCCGUCAAGAAAA